CGACAACAUUUUCACGCAAGAUGUCUAAUAGGUUUGCUGUAAUAUUGUUGUAACAUUGGAUUUUGACAGUUCUGGGAGACACAAAACACGCGAGACUGGUACAGUGGCAGCAAGAUGCAGUCAGAUGACCCGUAUCUCUGCUUUGUACCACCUCCCGAAGCUCCAGUCUUUACACCCACAGAAGAGGAAUUCGUUGAUCCGUUGGGAUACAUUGCUAAAAUACGACCCAUCGCGGAGAAGACGGGCAUAUGUAAAGUUAAACCUCCACCGGAUUGGCAGCCACCUUUUGCAGUAGAUGUUGACCGUUUCAAGUUUGUACCUCGAGUACAAAGACUCAAUGAAUUGGAGGCUAAAACUCGAAUAAAACUAAAUUUUUUGGACCAGUUGGCAAAAUUUUGGGAACUUCAGGGAUGUAGUUUGAGGAUUCCACAAGUGGAACGGAAAUUUCUGGAUUUGUACAAGUUCUUCCACACUGUUAAAGAAGAAGGGGGCUUUGAACAUGUGUGUAAGGAGAGAAAAUGGUCCAAAAUUGCUGCCAAGUUAAAUUACCCUGUUGGCAAGGGGGUUGGUGGUAUCUUACGAGGUCACUUUGAGAGAAUUCUCUACCCAUAUGAGCUAUUCAAGUCCGGAAAGACCUUCCAGCAGAAAGUUAAUGUUAAAACGGAAGAGGAUGACGAGGAUAAGAAAGACAAGGACUAUAAGCCGCACGGUAUUGCCUCCAAAACUGCAGCAGGCGGAUAUUCCCGAAAAUCCAAACGCUACUUUAAAGAGGACCCAGAGGUAGAUUAUUCUGCUAAUUCGGAACUGAAGAAACUUCAGUUUUAUGGAGCUGGGCCAAAAGCUGCAGUUCCCAAUGCAGCUGUUAAAGAAGAAAAAAUUGACAAGAAGGAAGUCCUUGUUAGCAAGACCCAGAAGAUGACGCAGAAAGCUGGUGCUGUCAACCAACUCAGUAAUUGGAUUAUUCCAAAGGUUGACCUUUAUAUGUGUCACACAUGUGGCCAGGGAGAUGGGGAGGAGUUCAUGCUGCUGUGUGAUGGAUGUGAUGAUGCUUUCCAUACCUACUGCCUCGUGCCACCCAUGCCUGAUAUACCGAAAGGUGACUGGCGUUGCCCAGAGUGUAUCAAAAAGGCAUGUAGCAAGCCGCAAGAUCCCUAUGGAUUUGAGCAAUCCACUAAAGAAUACAGUCUGCAAUCUUUUGGAGAGAUGGCAGACCAGUUCAAAUCUGAAUACUUUAACAUGCCCGUCCAUAUGGUACCAUGUGAAAUGGUAGAAAAAGAAUUCUGGAGACUAGUUAAUUGCAUAGAGGAGGAUGUUAGUGUGCAGUACGGAGCUGAUAUCCAUGCGUCAGAAUGUGGAAGUGGAUUCCCUACCAAAAAGACCAGAGAUCUGUUUCCUGAUGAUGAGGAGUAUAUCAACUCUGGCUGGAACUUGAACAAUCUACCAGUGCUGGAACAAAGUGUUUUGUGUCAUAUAAAUGCUGACAUAUCUGGAAUGAAGAUUCCCUGGUGCUAUGUAGGUAUGUGUUUCAGCAGUUUUUGCUGGCACAUAGAAGACCAUUGGAGUUACUCUAUUAAUUAUAUGCACUGGGGUGAGCCUAAGACGUGGUAUGGUGUUCCUGGGGAUUCAGCAGAUAAAUUUGAAAGUGUUAUGAAGAGGACGGCCCCAGAGUUGUUUGAAAAUGCCCCAGAUCUGCUCCAUCAGCUGACAACCAUCAUGAACCCAAAUAUUCUGAUGGCUCAUGAUGUUCCGAUUGUGAGAACGAAUCAACAUGCAGGAGAGUUUGUUAUCACGUUCCCACGCUCCUACCAUGCAGGCUUCAAUCAAGGUUACAAUUUCGCUGAGGCAGUGAACUUCUGUCCUGCUGACUGGUUGAAUAUUGGGCGUGGGUGCAUUGAGCACUAUAGACAGUUGCACCGCCAGUGUGUGUUUUCUCAUGAAGAGCUGAUUUGUAAGAUGGCAGCUGACCCGGACAGCUUGGACCUGCCUAUUGCUGCAGCCACCCAUGAGGACAUGCUGUACAUGGUUGAGGAAGAGAAGAAAUACCGCAAGGCUUUGUUGGACAGGGGAACGGUGAACGCGGAACGGGAGGCAUUUGAACUGUUGCCAGAUGAUGAGCGACAGUGCCAGUUUUGCAAGACAACCUGUUUUCUUUCAGCCGUGACUUGCACCUGCAGUCCAGAUAAACUUGUUUGUAUCAGCCAUGUCGACAAGCUGUGUAAAUGCCCAUCAUCUAAUCACUGCUUGCGGUAUCGGUAUACACUUGAUGAGCUGCCCAUCAUGUUACAUCGACUGAAAGUCAGGGCCGAGUCCUAUGAUAACUGGGCAACUAAUGUAAGAAAUGCCUUAGAUGCGAAGGAGGAAAUCGACAAGCUGGACCUGGAGGAGCUGAAGGAAUUGAUCACAGAAGCAGAGGAGAAGCGCUUCCCCGAUGAUGACCUAUUGCAAACAUUAAUUAGUGCUGUGUCUGAAGCAGAGAAAUGUGCUAAUGUGGCCAAUCAGCUGGUCACAAAGAAAGUGAGAACCAGAAAUCGUCAGUCCGGAGAGGGAAAAUACUCAGCAAAACUGAGCCUAGAGGAACUGAACUGUUUCUAUGAGCAAGUCACAAACUUACCUUGUGUAAUAACAGAAGCCAAGCUAAUCAAAGAUCUUAUUGACAAGGUGACUGACUUCCAGAAUGAGGCUUUAGAUGCCUUACAUGAGGAAACUCCUGAUUCUGAGAAACUGGCGAAGUUGAUAGAAUUUGGGGUUACACUAGACGUGGAUCUGCCUGAAAUCCCAAAACUGAAACAGGUGUUACUGCAGGCCCGCUGGCUGGACGAUGUGCGCCUAGCCCUCAGUGACCCUCAGAAUGUUACCCUAGAUGUGAUGAGAAAGUUGCUAGACUCUGGAGUAGGGCUGGCCCCUCACCCAGCUGUAGAGAAGGCUAUGGCAGAGCUACAGCAGCUGCUGACCAUUAGUGAGAGGUGGGAAGAGAAAGCCAGGAUCUGUCUGCAGGCCAGACCACGACAUAUAAUGACAACCUUGGAAGCCAUCAUAAACGAGGCCCGUGGUAUCCCAGCCUUCUUACCUAAUGUGGUGGCUCUAAAGGAAGCAGUUAGAAAGGCUCGUGAAUGGAUGAACAAGGUUGAAGGAAUUCAGAGCAGUGAUCUCUACCCCUAUCUGGAUGUGCUGGAAAACAUGGUGAACAAGGGGAGACCCAUUCCUGUACGCUUGGACCUGCUGCCACAGGUGGAAUCACAAGUUGCUGCAGCGAAGUCAUGGAGAGAAAGAACUGCAAGAACAUUCCUGAAGAAAAAUUCAACAUUUUCAUUACUUGAGAUACUAUCACCGAGGUCAGACAUAGGUGUUUACAGCAUGGGUAAGAACAAAAAGAAGAAAAUCAAAAUGGAAACAGAUAAGGAUAGAAGAGAGACUGAAAACAAUAACCAUUACGAGUGCAGGGCUGAGGAAGCCAGAGAUCCAGCUGCUAUGGUGGCAUCAUUCAAGGUGGCAGAGCAGCGAGAAGUGGAAAUGAUGAGGGCACUUAGGGUUAGAAAUCUGGAGAAACAUAAUCAGGAUGGAUCUGAUGCCCUCUACUGUGUCUGCAGAAAGAACAGUUCUGGCUUCAUGCUUCAGUGUGAACUUUGUAAAGACUGGUUCCAUGGUACCUGUGUUGCUCUCCCAAAGUCUGCCAACAUGAAAAACAAGAACUCGCCGUCAGCUGCAGUGCAGGCUGCUAAGGAGAUGAAGUAUUUGUGUCCACUGUGUUUACGCUCUCGUCGACCACGGCUAGAGACAAUUUUAUCUUUGCUGGUGUCCCUACAAAAACUGCCUGUGCGUCUACCUGAGGGAGAAGCACUACAAUGUUUGACAGAAAGGGCUAUGGCAUGGCAGGAUAGGGCCAGGCAGGAACUGGCAACCACAGAACUGGCCUCUGCUUUAGCAAAACUCAGCGUUCUUAGUCAGAAAAUGGUGGAACAGGCUGCCAGAGAGAAAACAGAGAAAAUCAUCAAUGCUGAGCUGAUGAAAGCAGCAAAUAAUCCUGAUCUACAGGGCCACCUUGCUAGUGUUACACACAGUGCAUUUAGUGGGGUACAGAACGCUAAUCUUGUCAAGGGUGAGUCAAGUCUCUCAAGUGUGGACAGUGAAAAUUCACAAUCUAUGCAGCUGCCUCCCAGCCCUCCAUCCCAGCCAGAUGAGGCCAUACUAGAGCCAGACCCUGCUGCAAAUCUUUCAGGAAUGUCCAUGGAACAUGCAUACUCAUCAGUGUCCAAGAAUAGUCAGGGUGCAACUGUGCGGAAACACCAGAGGAAGUCUCCUCUUGUUCCACGUCAGAUGGAGGCCCCGAUCUUGGAGUUGUCAGAGAUGGCGCGAGCAAGGCUGGAAGAGCUGAUGAUGGAAGGGGAUCUUCUGGAGGUUUCACUGGAUGAGACGCAGCACAUCUGGCGAAUACUGCAGGCAUGCCUACCCAAAACCAGAGGACAAAUUUUUUGACUCAGAAGAAAGUGGUGAAUCCGACAUAAAACCAAAGAUUGAUAAGGAGACAGGCAAAUUUUUGUCUGAAAUUAAAGAAAAGAAGAAACGAAAGAAGCGAAAAGAGCUGCUUGAGGGAAUUGAAGGAGUGCACAUAAAGAAGAUCAA